UAGAAUAAUUAGCGCCCAGUCUGCCUGCAGCCUCAAUUAACAGCCAAAGACCCCCACAUAUCUCUCUCUUGUUGGCAUUAGUUUGCAUGUUGGCUGCAACAGCCUGUUUCUGGUCCUCUAACGUCUGGGCUUUUAGCGCUGUUAGCAGCUGGGCAGAUCUGAUAGCGUGGGUGAUUAAGAUAUUGAGUGUCUGCGACACGCCGAGAAAUUGCAGCACGUCUCUUAUCGGUUCACAACCUAAACGUCUUUACUUUUACAACUAGUCCUCGGCUCUGCCUCUCCAUCUGUCUUUUUCCGCUCUAGACACAGGACUAUAGAAUAGAGAUUUGAAGGGAAUAGAGAACAGUAUAAUUCCUUCCUAAAUCAAUCUCGACUCAGUUACUGAAUGUCAAUGUGUACUUAAGGGAAGAAAAGGAAAAGUGGUACAAGGAAAUACAAAGUGGAAUAAUAAGUUAUAGAGGACAAGCAGAUACAUUGCUGCUAAACCUCACAAAGAACAAAUAAGACCCAGACUCAUUACAACGAGAAGCCAAAAACACCUGCAACAAUAUUGCCAGAAGAGACAACAAAGAAGAGCCUAAGGAAUUUCAGCAGCAGAAAGAAAGAAAGAAAGAAAGAAGCUGGCAAAUGCUGGUAAGUAUGCGUUAUUGAAUCUUUUAAUUUUUUUUUAGAUCUCAGCUAAAAACUGAGCUGAGUCUUGUUACCUUGUUAUCAGUUCUGUCUUGUCAUUGGUUAUCAUUGUCACGUUUCUCCCUUGUCCAUGUAUUUAAGCCUCAUGUUUGCCAUUGUACAUGGUCAGGUAUUGUGUAUGUAACAUUGUAGGAUCGGUCAUGUCAUGUCAUGUCAUGUCAAGUUUAGUCAAGUCAAGUUAUGUCAAGUUCAUGUUUUUGUAUUUUGUUCACGUUUGGAGUUUCGGAUUUUGGAUUUCGCGAUUGAUAAUAAACUGCACUUGAAUUCAUCACACAUCAUCGUCUUCAUCAUCUCUUCGCCUACGUUACAGAAUACCUGACCGACCAAAAUGAACCCAGCAAUCCAGCUUCUUCAUUUACGCCAGGGGAAUUGCCUCCUGGAGGAUUAUGUCACGGAGUUUUGUGGUCUUUGCUACCUUGUCGAUUUUAAUGAGAUUGCCCUCCCUUAAUGAGGAAGCCAGAGUCCCAUGUCAUGACCGCCAAGCCAGAGUCCCACAUCAUGGCCGCUGAGCUAGUGCCAUCUUUUGCCCCAGAUCCUGAGUCUACUCCAUGCCAUGUCACAGCCACGAAUCGUUCUGCUCCAUGCCAUGUCACAACCACGCCUGAGACUGCUCCUUGCCUUGUCACAGCCAAGCUUCAGUCUGCUCCAUGCAAUGUCUCAAGCUCACCUCUGGUCAAUGAGCCAAUGCUCAAGCCUGCCACGGUCAACGAGCCAACGCCCACAUCUGUCAUGGCCAACGAACCAAGUCUCGUCCAUCCCAGAGCCAGCGUUUCAAACCUCGUCCGUUCCAGAGCCAUUUCUCACUGGGCUAUUUGAGUUGGAAUUGGUUCCCACCCUUGUGCCCACCCUGAGUUCUCCUGAUCAGCCGGUUCCCCCCAAGCCACCGGCUCGAUCAUCGCCCUCUGAGAAAUCCCAGACACGGAGAACUUUCGAACCUCCGACUCCGCCUAGACCUUCCGAGCCCUGGACACCUCCUUGGCCUGUUGAUCCCUCGACAUCACCUCGGCUCUGCAUUCCCUCGGCUCCACCGCGGUCCUUCAGCCUGUCAGCUUUACCGGGGUCCCUCGUCCCUCCAGCUCCUCGUUGGUCUGUCGGUCACCUGUCUCCGCCUUGGCUCUCCGAUCCUGUGGCUACGUCUCGUCUCUCCGAUCCUUCAGCUCCACCGGGGACCUCCAUUCCUAUGGCUCCACCUUGGUCCUCAGCCCUACUGGCUCCACCUCAUUCUUCCGAUCCCCUAGCUCCACCUUGCUCCUCCAAGCCUCUGGCGCCGCCUUGGUCCUCCCUGCCUCUGGCUCCACCCUGGCCCUUCGAGUCUUCGGCUACUCUCCGGGUAUCCAGUUCUCCAUGGCUCCGCCCCUCGAGCUUCUCAUGGCUCCACCCCCCACAGGCUCCACCCUGGUCUCCAGACCACGCCCCACACCUUGUUUCACCAUGUUUCCAUGUCCUGCCAUGUAACCACAUCAAGUCGCCACGUAUUGUACUGUAUUUUGAUGUUAGUACAUAGUAAUUAAAGACACCAAUUAUAAAGUGGGACUGCUAUUCAGGUUAUAAGUAAAUUAAUUCUAAACUUACUAUGAUGGAGUUCAAAUAAUGUAACACUUUAGAUAUACACUAAGAAAUGUAAAUUAGUUAAAAAUAAAUGAAUGAUGAACAUUCAAAUUCUGUUGAAAUCUACAGAGCUUUAUGUGGAAUUCUACAGGCAAAGGAUCCAUGCAGCUUUGUUGAUAACUAAAGAUGCUGAAAUAAAAUCUUGACCCUGCAUGUGUAUACUUUGAUACAUGACAUUCAGCUACAGUAUGCUUGAGAAUAUAAACCAUCUACCUCCACAUCCUCACACACAGCCCAUCUUAACUAUAUCAUAUGAUCGCAACAAUGUCAAAGAGGGCAAAAUCCUCCUUGGCUGUUUGAAAACAUUAUUUCCAUUUACACUAGCUGUGUGGAGGUGCAGUACAGAUUCAUUAGAAACUCAGUGUUCUUUAUUUUUCUGGUUUAUUCCCAUCAGCAACCAAGAGAGACACCACACGCUCACGCAAGCCCUCCUCACACAUCUCCACGGCAACUCACAGGCAGGUUAAAUCAAAUGUGAGCCUCACAGGGAGAACUCACAUUAUCUCAAAUAAUUCCUCCCAACUAAAAAGCUUUUUUGUUUCGCCGUGACAGGCACAGAAUAGGAGGGAAGCGCUCCGUUUGCGACUAUCAAAUAAUGGAGGCUAAAUAAAGCUUGUCUUUUUUCAUUUGUCUCCUCUGAUGAACUGAUAAAAAUGGUUUGGCCUCUAGAGUACGUUCCCCAUUUGGAUGCUUCCUGGCUUUCUCAUGUUUGCAUAUUGACUCAUUCACUUGAAGAAGAAAAAAGUCCAUGCAAUGA